AUUAGCCAUUUGUGUGCACCACCCAGAGAAGAAUCAAGAUAUGAAGCUUAAUGAAAAAAACCUGGUAUAUUAUGCUACCUGCAAAUCUCCCGUGGACAAAAGUGGAUUUUUGUCCAAGCGAGGUGAGCGCCAUUCGGCCUAUCAUAAACGCUGGUUUGUGCUGAAGGGCAACAUGCUAUUUUAUUAUGACAAUGAAGAAAGCAAAGAGCCUGUCGGUGUUAUUAUACUGGAAGGAUGCAGAGUUGAGCUGUAUGAAUCGACUGAAGAAUAUGCUUUUGCGAUCAAGUUUGAAUGUACUAAAUCACGGGCCUACAUUCUAGCUGCUGACUGCCAAAGUUCUAUGGAAUCCUGGGUAAAAGCACUCACUAAGGCAAACUUUGAAUAUAUUAGACUUGUUGUUAAAGAGCUCCAGAAACAACUUGCAGAGGUACAGAAGAACCCUAACUCGUGUUCUAAAGCCAGGGUUUUAACAGAUCUAAAUGUAAUAAAUACCAGUUCACAUAGUGAAUCCCAUAUAAUACCUUCAAAUCUUCAAGACUGUUCACUUCAAAAGGACAAUGGAUGUGCCACGUGGGACAACAAACAAAAUAACUUGUGUAAUGGAAUUCAAUAUGGUAAUGGAACAAAAUGUCAAAACACCAGAGAAAUUCCAGAUGUUGUGCUAGGUGCCUCUGAUGCACAUCAAUUGUCUUCAAGCAAUCCUCUGGAGGCUUGCAGGGGUCCAGACCAGGCACAUGUACCCGCUGAGGCUGAAGAGUAUGAAGACAUUAGCUUUUCACAGCUCCACCAUCUAUUUGGAGAAGAGAUUGUGGACAUUAGAAUCAAGUGGACUCAAACCAUCCCAAUAGCAAAUGAAGCCUGUGGAGUCUCUGAAUAAAGACCAAAUUGACUUCAUGAGUCACAAAGGCAGUCUGCUGUGUGGGCAUUAGAUCACACGGAUUAUUUCAUAAUCGCAAGUGAAGCACAAUCAGCUAUUUAACUGUUUUCUUGCCAGAGGUUACAAGAACACUUUAAACAAUAACAAAAUUACCCUUUUUUUUCUGGUGAUUCCUUGUUUGUGGAAACGCUGUUUAGAAUUUACUGUUAUCAAAGGUAUGACAGAUUCUUGCACAAUGGCACUGCUCAAAUUUUUGUAGGUCAAUUAAGUAAUUCAUUAUUGUUGAGAAUUUUCAGGAAUCCAAAGUGAAUUACAGUUUUUAGACCAACAACAGCUGACUGAAUUGGUUAAAAAUAUAAAAUUCACUUAUGUUUUCGGUUUGGCUAUGUUAACCUAAAAUUUACAUUUACUUUGAAUUUGUGAUAAGGCACACUUUGGUGAAUAACUUACUAUGUUUUACCCUUUUUGUAGAACGAUUUUCACUGCAUUUUUAUUCUGAUAAUUGGAUUGAACUUGAAAAUGUGGUAUCAUUGUAGCAAGUAAUUAAAUUACAAUUUUUAUUCAAUCUUUUUAAAGACAAAUAAAGUAUCUUAAACUGAAUUACUUGUUAAAUAUUAAAGCCUAUAUGUAGGCUGAUGUUAAGUUUUCCUUAUGCUCACAGUUUUCACGUUAAAAGUAAAUCACUACAGAAAUUAGAAUCUUUACAUUAUGAUUACUCUUUAAAGGAACACUUUGAGCACCAUAACCACUACAGCUUGUAAUGGUGCCAGGAAUGUCCUGACACCCCCAUUGUAAAUAGUCAAACCCUUUUAGAACGCUGGCUUCGCUCAAAGGGGUUACUUCCAGCUCUCUGUCUGAAGUAGUGUAGGCGGGGACGCUCUAAAACACUUUGACUACUCACAAAGUGUGCACUAGGGCACUACGGCACUAUAGCCACUACAGCUCACUGUAGUGGUUAUGGUAAUUUGAGUGCUCCUUUUAGGAGGCAGCACAAUCACUUAAUUAUCUAUUUUAUGUCACAUACCUUAUGAUAUGCAUGAUUUCCAGAACAUCAGUUAAAUAAACCUAAAAAAUAAGUUAGCAAACAGUUUCUGGGAAGAUAUAUAUUUAUUAGUAAUAAUAUAGCUUCUUUAUUAUACAAAGAAUGUAAAUGUUAUGUAGGCAGGUCAGAAUGGCUAUUUUAAUUGUGUAAUUUAAAAAAAAAAAUGUUUUAAAUUUGUUGUAUUUUCUCUUAACGCAUUAAGGGAAAGGUUUGUCCAAUUUCUGUUCUAAAAGGUUAAUAGGGCUCUCUAGGUACUUACACAAACUGGUUACAAUAUGUAUGUUAAGUCACAGGCAUUUAGCCUCAAUUUUCUUUUUGUUCUUUUUUUUAUGUUUUCCUUUUUGUUUCAGAAGUAUGGUUUUGUAUUAUGUCUUGACUUGCGUUGUUUGAGAGUCGUAGUUCCACUGACAAAUAAACUACAACUACCCUAAAACAGUGCCUUUGGGAAAAGCCAUGGCAAGCAUUAGUCCUCGUUUGAGAGCCAGUUUUGCAAGAAAUGCAGGAUUUUUUAAACAUUCCCUUGGGAUUUGCGGAGUGAAAUUAUUCCAGAAGAAAGGUCAAAUUGCCAUCUAAACAGCAAGAAGGCUAUCUACUUUAG